UUGCAUCUAUUGCAUUAAUGUGGAAGCUGAACAGUCUAAACUAUACUCUUUGGUGCUUAGAGAUUAUAUUUGGGUCCACUGGGUCCUUUUGAUCUCCCCCCCCCCCCAAAAUCUAAAAGAGAAACCCUUAAUUUGAUAAAAGAUGAGUACCUGUCAGUUCUCGUUUUUUUUUUUGUACCAAAUGCUUUUGUGUUUAUUUUCUUCCUCAAUUUUUCAGAUUGAUCUGUGUUUGAUCAAUCUCUAGUUAGUUUUUCUUGUAUAUAUGUUUUGUUUCAUGAACUUUUCAGUUCAUAAUUCCAUUCAUUCUUGACUUUUGUGUGAAUGCUACACUGAUUUUCAAUCUGGGGGUUUUUUUUUUCACUUGUGCAUGAACCAUUGCUUUAACGCAUGCUGAUAUAUCCAAUUGCAUAUGUUGUACUAACUUUGGCUAAGCCUUGUUUUCAUGGGGGAUUCUGAUCUUUGUUGAUUAAGUGUGUGUCCUAAAUGUUUAUGACCCAAAUGGCUGUAAAUAAUUCCUCUCUUAGAAUAAAAUUAAGUGUUGCAUUCUCUUCUUGAUGAAACAUUUUAUUAGCAUAUCACCAAAAUUUAGUAGUUUUUGAAAACCGAACGAUUAGGGUCACCAUCGAAAGUGAUGAUUGAAGCUACCACUUUAUUUGUCUUUCAGUGGUUAUAGCCGAGUUUUAUAAGGUGGUGUCGAUGGUUCAGAAUACUUUCAGGCCUCUGGACCGAUUACAUUUUUCGCUGUGUCUCUGAAUUUAAUUACAUAUUCUUGCACUGGAGUAAUUAUGUGAUUGCCAUAAAUCAAUCUUAAUUAACAAAUCAAUGUUUCUAUUGAAAAAGAUUUGUAACUUUGUUCAGCAUAUGUUUGAUGUUUGCUUGAACUAACUUUUCUCUUGGUAUUUGCUUUGCCAUUCAGGAACUUUUUGUUGUCAUUAUUACUAUGAUGAGUGCAAGAAGAAAGAACAUUUGGGAUGAUGAUGAAUACUCAGUCAUUGGAGAUGAGGCCGAAAUUGGGUUCAUGGACUAUGAGAACGAUAAAUCUGUUUGUACCUUUGACCCGAAUGAGGAGGGGCCAGUCAGAAUCUCCAUUCCGUUCCCGUUUAUACAGGGAAAGCCUCAAUGUAUACUUAUUGGUGAAACUUCUACAUGUUCAAUUACACUAGAGAACACCACUAGCGAGCCGGUGGAACUUUGGGGAAUUAAGAUUUAUUGCUCAAAUCCUACAGACUCUUUUACUUUGUCUCUGAUGGAACCUCCUUCAGGCAAUUCAGCGGCAAAAAAUAGUCGUGGCUACAUGGAAUCAUUUUCUCUCGAGGACAGAGUUCUUCAGCCCCAUGACACUUUAACCAUAUGGUUAUCUUGCAGACCAAAGGAACUUGGUUUGCACACAUCUGUUGUGCAUUUUGAUGUUGAUGAUGAUAGGAUUGAACGCGUGCUUUUUCUGUUGGCUGAAGACAAGGUCUCCCAGUCAAUGGCUUCCAACCGGCCAUACUCAAGAACUCCACGGGGAAAACGUUUUUCCACUGAUCAGUAUGUGGGAUCCUUUCGUCCUGCAAAAUCCAAGGGGCAAGAGUUUAAAAAUAGGCUUCCCAAAUUUCUAAUUCCGAAGGAUGUUAGAGAGUUGCUGUUGAAAAAGGACGUUCCUGACGUUCUUAGAGAAGGAUUAACGAGGAUGAACUACUCUAUCUUCUUCAGCACAUUGCUUAUAUUAGAGGAGAUACAUCUGGAGGAAGAAAUGAGGCGUUUUAAUAUGGAGUAUGUUACCAUGAAAAGAAAAGGGCAUCAAUUUCUUGCUCUUGAAGUCCCUGGGCUGGCUGAGAGGAGGCCAUCGCUUGUACAUGGUGAUGCCAUCUUUGUGAAUCUUGCAUCUGAAAGUGCAGGGGACAGUACUGUCUAUAAGGGUUAUAUACACCGUGUUGAGGCUGAUGAAGUGCUGCUGAGAUUCGCAAUUGAAUUUCACACCCGUCACCAGAUCGGAAGCUUGUACAAUGUUCAGUUCACGUAUAAUAGGGUGAACAUGAGAAGGUUAUACCAAGCUGUUGAAGCAGCAGAGAGAUUAGAAGACAAUCUUCUAUUUCCAUCUCAAUUAACCAAAAGGAGGUUGAUUAAGAAAGAUCCAUUCAUGCUGUUUACGACUGGUCUCAAUGAGGAGCAAAUGCAUUCUGUUAUGAUGAUCUUGUGUUGCACAGGUGCUCCUCCCUAUGUGAUUUACGGGCCUCCAGGUACAGGCAAAACGAUGACUCUUGUGGAGGCAAUAUUGCAAAUAUAUGCGACUAGAAAGAGUGCCCGGAUUCUUAUAUGUGCUGCUUCAAACAGCGCAGCAGAUCACGUAUUGGAAAAGAUAGUAUCUAACCAGGCUGCAGAUAUUAAAGAGAAUGAGAUAUUUAGGCUAAAUGCUACAAGCAGACCUUACGAGGAUGUUCAACCUGAUUAUAUCCGCUUUUGCUAUUUUGAGGAGGCAGUUUUCAAAUGUCCCCCGCUGAGGGCCUUGUUGCGUUAUAGGAUUGUUAUUUCAACUUAUACGAGUUCAUCUUUACUCUAUGCAGAAGGAGUUCAACGCGGUCAUUUCUCUCAUAUUUUCCUAGAUGAGGCUGGCCAAGCUUCGGAGCCGGAAAGCAUGGUUCCUAUAGCUAACCUUUCUCAGAGGGAUACAGUUGUUGUUCUUGCAGGAGACCCGAAGCAACUUGGUCCGGUAAUACAUUCAAAGGACGCGGAUGCUUUUGGAUUAGGCAAGUCUUAUCUUGAAAGGCUUUUUGAGUGUGAAUUUUAUCGGAAUGAACAUGAAGGCUUUGUGACAAAAUUGGUAAGGAAUUAUCGAUGUCACCCGACAAUUCUAGACCUCCCUUCGAGGCUUUUCUAUAAAGGGGAAUUACUUGCAUGUAAGGAAAGUAAAUCUUUCUUGGAAAAAUACAAGCUGGACCUCCUUCCGGACAAAAAUUUUGCUGUUAUGUUCAUUGGCAUACAAGGCUGUGAUGAAAGAGAAGGCAAUAACCCGUCAUGGUUUAAUCGUAUUGAGGCGAGCAAGGUCGUUGAUGUCAUUAACAAGUUGAAAUCAAGUACGAAUCUAAAUGAGACAGAUAUAGGGGUGAUAGCUCCAUACCGGCAACAGGUACUGAAGAUAAAAAAUGCACUCGAAGCUCGGGAAAUGUCAGAUGUUAAGGUUGGUAGUGUUGAACAAUUUCAGGGGCAAGAGAGAGAGGUGAUUGUUGUAUCUACAGUCAGGUCGACUGUCAAACACAAUGAGUUUGACAAGACUUACUCUCUUGGGUUUUUAAGCAAUCCGAGGCGAUUCAAUGUUGCAAUUACCCGUGCCAGAUCUUUGCUCAUCAUUGUUGGGAAUCCCCAUAUUGUCUGUAAGGAUCCUUACUGGGACAAGCUGUUGAGGCAUUGCUCUGACAAUGACUCCUACCAGGGUUGUCCUCUCCCCUGAAAGGCAACACCAUGCUGAUAUAGAGAAAAUGCAAGACAACACCAUGCAAGACCAACUGAAGAAACUCACUAUUUCCAAGUAGGUUUGUAAUAUAAUCUCUUUUUUUAGGGUCCGUUUGGUACGGAGUAUAGUAUGGGCUAGAAUAUACACUAUUUUGCUAGAACAUACGGUGUUCAGGUGUUUGGUGAAGCUAAUCUAUAUAUAAAGUAUAUGCAGUCAAUUUACCAAUAAAGAUAUUAAUCCGUUGUAAAAUUUUCCAAAUCAAUAGUGAAGUUUUCUUUCCUCUUA